AGCUGCCGCCGCCCGCGCCGGGCCCGCGCCCCUCAGCAUGUUCCCCCGGCCGCCGCCCCGCUCCUGCGACACCUUCGUGGCGCUGCCGCCCGCCGCGCCCGGGGGCCGCGUGGUGUUCGGGAAGAACUCGGACCGGCCGGCAGAUGAGGUGCAGGAGGUGGUGCACUUCCCGGCCGCCGCGCACCCGCCCGGCGCCGCGCUGGAGUGCACCUACAUCAGCAUCGAGCAGGCGGAGAGGACCCACGCCGUGGUCCUGAGCCGCCCCUCCUGGCUCUGGGGCGCCGAGAUGGGCGCCAACGAGCACGGCGUGUGCAUCGGCAACGAGGCGGUGUGGGGCAGGGAGGAGGUCUGCGGCGGGGAAGCCCUCCUCGGCAUGGACCUCGUAAGGCUUGGACUUGAGAGAGCAGACACAGCUGAAAAGGCUCUUACUGUCAUAGUUGAUUUGCUGGAAAAGUAUGGACAGGGAGGAAACUGUAUGGAGAGCAGCAUGGCAUUUACAUACCACAACAGUUUUCUGAUAGCUGACAGAAAGGAAGCAUGGGUGCUGGAGACAUCAGGAAAAUACUGGGCAGCAGAAAAAGUAGAAGGAGGCGUACGGAAUAUUUCCAACCAGCUCUCUAUCACAACCAAGAUUGACAGAGAACACCCAGAACUGAAGGAAUAUGCCAAAAGCAAUGGCUGGUGGGAUGGGGAAAAGGAAUUUGAUUUUGCUGCCACAUAUUCUUAUGUCAAUACUGCCAGAAUGACCACAUCUGGAGGCCGAUAUUGUGAAGGCUAUAAGCUUCUGAACAAACACAAAGGAUCUAUCACUUCUGAAAUAAUGAUGGAAAUCCUUCGUGACAAAGAGAGUGGCAUUAACAUGGAAGGUGGAUUUAUGACAACUGGCAGCAUGGUUUCUGUACUGCCUCAGCAGCCUAAUCUGCCCUGUAUUCACUUCUUUACUGGGACACCAGAUCCUGCCAGAUCUGUAUUCAAGCCUUUCAUUUUCGUGCCCGGUAUUACUCAGUUAUUAAAAACUACGUCCCCUACAUUUGGUCAUGACGAUCCAGUUAAGAAGCAACCACGUUUUCAGAGCAAGCCAGAUCGAAGACAUGAGCUCUAUAAAAAACAUGAAAGUGCUGCUGUAGUUAUGGAAACUAUCAAGGACAAAGGUAAAGAAAUGCUCAAAGAGAUACAGGAGUUGGAGAAACAGAAGAUAAGUCAAAUGGAAUCAAUCCUGCAAAAUGGAUGCCUUGAUACUAAACAAGUGGUUAAUCUUUUUUCACAGUGUGUAGAAGAAGAACUCAAAAUAUAUGGCUAAGAAUAUUAUUUGAAUGUGGUAAAAUCUGGAUUAUAAUUGGGUCUUCUAAUGAAGAGGCUAUAUAGAUUAACGUGAUAUACUGUUUUUAGUAUAUCACAUAGCAUGGACAGUUUUAAAGAUGCAGAUUCAUAUUCAGGACAAAUGGCUUUUGAUUAUAAGAAUGCUGGAAAGGCUCCUAAGAGGCAGGCAGUGGCACUGUACAUGGCACAAAGCUGUCAGCAGAGAUUGAUUUUGCCAAACAGAUGCAAUUAGAAUGCAAUAGCUUGACUAAAUUAGUGAACAGUCCCAUCUCUGAAUGAAGAACACUAACUCAGCUCCGGAGAACCCAGAUGUAGUGUACUCACAUGCAGCUUUUAUAGUCAGGAGAAUUGUAGCAGAAUUUCAGACUACCUGAAUUAAAAUGGCCAUGCUGAAGACUUUCUAAAAUGUAGAAGCUAUGAUGGACACUGAAGGA